AUGCCCGUUCCCCACUACGGUGUCUGGGUUUGUAAGCCGACUCGGUAUGUUGCCCAGCGACAUGGCGUACGCACUCCACACAUCGAGCUUUAUUUCAAAGAUGACGACUCCGGGAGGGAGCGAAAGGCCGCCAUUAAUGUGAAAUCGAACGGAGAAGACUCUCGCUUGGUGUUCUGGUCUUCUGAUGACUUUGCUCAUCCUAUCACUAUUCAACUUGCCCAGCUGGAUCAGGGCUUUCAUUCGAUCCCGGAUCCUCGUGGUCGUGCUCGAGAUCUCGUGGGACUAGACUAUCUGCGACUGCGCAACCUUCUGAAUCUCGGAUCUGGACGAGUUCUGCCGCAUGAUAUUCCUGGCCGUGAUAAUGAUAUUCUGGACGUCGUCCGGCCGAUUCUAGAUCGAGCAAUCAGGAGCUCAGCAAAGGUGUUUAUCUUUGGCUCAUCCUUCGGAUCCGGGAUUCAUGAUGUCCAUAUGAACCAAGGUAGUCUUCCUCGGUACGACAAUGGCGUGUAUCAGGACGGGGGCUUGCUGAUUCAGUUUGCCGAUGGGCAUUGGGAAGCAGUCUUCCUGGCCUUUGCCUCCCAAAGGAUUCCCACCGACGAUGUGGACGGGCUGCCGGAGCGACAUAGUCGAAGUCUGUUGCAGAUCCUGGCUCCACGAGAACACAAUCUCUAA